UUCUCUGUACGCCGCAGAUCGACAGCUGAGUCCGGGAGUGGAACAUCCACACUCUCCCCUAGUAUCUCACCCCAACUCCCCUUAACAACACACCACAGCCCAGCCCUCCGCUUACUCUCAGCGGUAAACGAACUGCUUCUGGACGGGUUUGGGGGAAAUCUGUGUGCAGGGGUUUUAGACCACCUUGUGUUCCCCUGCAGUAGGGGAGGUCUGAUCUGGUCCACAAGCAGGCAGGACUCUCAACAACUUUCCUCUCCUCUGAUCCCCGAGGAAUGUUCGGGGUGAAAAGACGCAUGUUUGAAUGAACACAAUGGACAGCAACAAGGAUAUAGAGGUUGACAUGGAAGGAAACGGGUUUCCACCUGCGACAUCGCCUGAAGUGAGCCUCGUUCGCCCCGAUCCCGAGGGUGAGAGCUGCCCCGCCCGGUCCGAGUCCCCGUCCCGGAGGCGAGGGCCGUCCUCCAAGGUGGAGGCGCUCCGGCGCUCGGGGGCGCCCACCCCCAAGGCUGACCCCGCCUCCCCCUCCUCCCCCCUCCCCCGGUCCAAGAGAGAUUUAGUAAAGUCCGAUGACAGGCAGUCGCUUGCCAGAGCGCGUCGAGAGGAGAAGGCCAAAUAUCUGGAAGAGCUGGGCCAGAUACAAGCGGUGAAGCAGAGCCACUGGCAGGAGAAGGAGGAGCGAGCCCGCCAGCUGAGGGACCAGCAGCUGGAGGAGAGAAGGAGGCGGCUGGAGGAGCAGCGGCUCCUGGCAGAGAAGAGGCGCUGUGCCCUGGAGGAGAGGCAGCAGCUGAAGCUGGAGAAGAACAAGGAGCGCUACGAGGCGGCCGUCCAGCGCUCGGUGAAGAAGAGCUGGGCUGAGAUCCGGCAGCAGAGGUGGUCGUGGGCCGGAGGACCGGGCCAGAACCCCGGCCACAAGGACAGCGGGCGCUCGGUGUCGACCGUCAACCUGACCAAUCACGCGGACUCUGUCCUCACCAAGCGUCUGUCCAAGAGCUCCGCCACCCUCUGGACCUCCCCCAACAGAAACCGUAGUGUGGCGCUGAGUCCCUGGGAGACCAGCGUGGUGGACCGGCUGAUGACUCCCACCCUGGCCUUCCUGGCCCGCAGUCGCAGUGCCGCCAGCGUCCUGGCCAAUGGGAAGGACUCGCAAUCCCCUCUGUGUCCGCGCUCGGCGUCGGCCAGCCCGCUGGCGCCCUGCUUCCACCGCCAGCUCCACCGGUGCUCCCAGCGCUGGGGCGUGACGGCCAGCUCACCGGACAUCGCCGCGCGGCGACACAGCUCCACGCCGAUGGACAAAAACAAGAAGGAGAAGAGAGACAAGGAGCGAGAGAACGAGAAGGAGAAGAGGGACAAGGAGAGAGAGAACGAGAAGGAGAAGAGCUCUCUGGCCAGAGAGAAGGUGGUGAAGAAGAGACAAUCUAUGCCCAGCAUGCGGAUCAGACCAGACCCCAGCCCCAGUCCGUUGUCGCGACAACGCCCCGACUCCCCUGCCGGCACCCCCAAGGGCAGACCCUCCUCCCCCGCGUCCGCCAGGACCUCCUCCCCCCGGCCCUCCUCCCCCAGGACCUCCUCCCCCAGGACCUCCUCCCCCCGGCCCAGCCCCGGGCGGGCCGGCGCCGGCCGGACCCCCCCCGGCCGGGCCGGCCCCUCCACCCCCAAGCACCGCCCCAGACGGGCCAUGACCCCCGUGCGCAUCGAGCACCGCGCCUCCUCCCCCUCCCCAGCGCCCCUGGGGCGGACCCGGGACCGACAGCCCAACACCCCUGAACCCAGGAGGGGCUCCCCCGUCGUUCCCGCCCUUACGCUGAGACACGCCCCCACGGCCCAAUCGAGUGCUCCCACCCCCAGCCCGGCCUCCCUGCACAGCCAAUCAGCUGCGAGGUCGCCCGGGGGGGGCGACGCGGCGACGUCACCGGCCGGUCGGGCGACCGGGGGGACCACGGACCGCGAGGAGGCGGGGCGUCUGCUGACGGAGCGACGGCGUCAGGCCCGCGAGCGGAGGGAGAAGGAGGAGGAGGAGCGGCGGCGGCGGGAGGAGAGCGACAGGGUGCUGAAUGAGGAGAGACUCGUCAGGGAGGAGGAGGAGAGGAGGAGGCGUGAGGAGGAGGCCAGGGUAGAGGCCGAGGAGCAGGGAAGGAGGGAGGAGACGCAGCGGCUGCAGGAUGAGCAGGAGGCCCAGGAGAGAGCGAAGGUGGAGCAGGAGGAGCAGGAGCUCCUUCUUAGACAGAAGGAGGAGGUGGAGGCAAAGGCAAGGGAGGAGGCGGAGAAGCAGCGCCUGGAGAGGGAGAAACACUUCCAGAAGGAGGAGCAGGAAAGACUGGAGCGGAAGAAGCGUCUGGAGGAGAUCAUGAAGAGAACACGCAAGACUGACCCGAAGGAGAGCAAGCCCUUAAUGAAGCCAGACGACCAGAUGAAACCAGUGGACAGCAACAAAGCGUGCGCAGACUAUCAGCCCCGAUCUGAGAUUCUUCCGACCAAUCACAAGACAGAGAAUGGCCAGAAUGGGCGGGACAGCGGGCCGGGUGGCGACAUGGUGAACGGCCUGACAAACCGUCAGGAGAACGGUCUGUCCGCGAAGGAGGCUCCGCCCCUCUUUGAAGAGAUCAUCCAACUGACCAAUCACGGCAAUAGCACCAACGGAGGGCGGGACAAGCCUCAGAGUGAUGCACUCGCAGAGCCAAUCCUGGCCUUCGAGAGCGAGGAGCCGUUCAUGAAGAAGGCUAGUCCGAUGAAGCCCCAACAUGUGGCAGAGGUGCUGUGAGAGUUUUCCGGGCCCUCAAGACACCACGAAGCCUUCCAUACGGGGAGACUCAUCGCAGGGGCAUCCGGGGGCCCAGACGGCAACACGAGACUCUCUGGCGGUCCUCGGACUGCGAGAGGAGACGCACGCCCUAAAGAACACAAGCUGCACCGCCGCCUCGCCCUGCUGCUGUACAAAACGCACCGUUUGCUCCGAUGCUAGCGCUAAAGCUAGCGAUAGCUGAGGCGCCGUCUUUAACCCUCUACUGUGCAUACCAAACUCUUCAUCCGCCGCUGCAAGCAGACAUGUCACAACACACUGGAGAUAGGCGGGAUUGUGUUUUUACGCUUUUAGUUAUUGAACUCUCGAGAAAAGUUUAACAGUGGGGGGUGCGUUUGUUUUGUGAAUAAUUUAAAUGAUGUAAAAUAUGUGUUCGAAGGAGGAGUCUAGUGUGCGUUAUGGUGUUUACUUUAACCUGAUGGCCAUCUUGUUAUGGCGUGUACGCUACUUUAGGCACUCGUAAUUCUCCACGGAUACAUACAUCCUCAUCUGUACACGACCUAACUUCGUAAUCGGGGCCUCAAAACGGGUCCGAAGAUACAUACUGUAUGUAAAUAUAUAUUUUCACAUUCAAGAUGCUCAAAUCGUGAUGGAUUGUACGUGGAAGCAGACGGCUGCAGACGCCAGGGUUUCGGAGGCCCGGGAACAGCGCGUGGGUUUGGGAGAUGCAAAAAAGGACAAGUUCAGCCUCAUUGUAGACGACCCUCACACUGUCAUCGUUAUCAGGACUAAACAAACAGCAUGUAUAUGUUCCUGUCACUGGCUUCCACGACCUCCUGCUGUAUGUACCCUCAAUUCAAGUGUGCGUCCAUGCUGUGUGAACAUUAAAUGCAGGUGCGUGUGA